GUCCACAAAAUAUAUAGUUAAGUUCAGAUCAUAGACAUAUAAAGAUUUCUUUAUAGGUCUAUGGUUUAAAUGUGUGCAAAUAAUUAUUGUACUUCAAACGUUUGGAAAUAAUCAAAUUGUUCCCAAAAUUUGGAAAACUGAUGAACAACAUUGACGUAGGUAUGCCCGCAACUCGUGUUAUCAGUUUUCACAACAUGGCUGCCGCUAUUCUCACGUGAGAAAUACACGGUGGACCGGAAAUGGCGGAAGCCUAUAGGCGGUUAUCGCACGAGUUUCCGACUUACCUGUAUCACUUGGUGUGACCCGUUAUCAAUAUUCGACAACGUUUAAGCGGGAAACCUAAUACCGAUUACAAAGCCAAAUGAGCGAGGUCAUUGAAAAAUGUCAAUAGUAUAGUGAGUACAAUAUUAAAUAUUUGAAUAUCUGUCCAUCGGAUUUAAAAAAUAUCAAUUCUCCAACUUAAAUUAAAUACUCAAAAUAUGUGUGGCCGAACAGCUUGUAAUUUGAAGCGAGAAACCUACAGGAAAGCGACUAGUUACAAAGAUCCAAAUGAUAAUUCGUUGCGUAAACCGGAGUGGCAUCGUCUGGACAAUGGCGGUCGUGAAUUCAUGCCUUCCAACAAUAUCGCGCCUACGGACGUGACUCCCGUACUGGUUUCCGGAGAAGAUUUUGAAUCUUGCGAGUCCAGAGUUCUGGCCCCUAUGGUAUGGGGAAUGAUACCUCCGUGGCAUAAAGGCAAAAUAAACGAUCACGGUCUGACUACAAAUAAUUGCCGAGUAGAAAGCUUGACCACUUCGAAACUGUUUCAAACGCCAUUGACGGAAGGAAAAAGAUGUGUCGUUGUUUGUGAAGGUUUCUACGAAUGGAAAUCAAAACUGCCAUACUUUAUAUACUCCCCUCAAGCAAAAGACACUUUGGUUUACGACAAAAAUAUAUGGGAGACGGCUUUGUGGUCAGAAGAUUCCGGAUGGAAUGGGCCGUCCUUGCUAAUGUUGGCCGGCUUGUACAACAAAUGGAAAUCGCCAGAAGGCUGUUUGGUGUACAGUUAUUCGGUAAUUACAAUGGAUUCGAAUACAAUGUUCUCUCAGAUACAUCAUCGGAUGCCAGCAGUUUUGGAAAAUGAACGAGUAGUCGACGAUUGGUUGGACAGCAGAAGAGUGUCAGUCAACAGAGCGAUUUCUCUGCUUCGUCCUGUCGAUAAGUUGGAAUGGCACAAAGUGUCCAGCUCGGUUAAUAAUUCACGUCAUAAAAGCGACGACUGCAACAAACCCAUAUCGAAAAUAGCCAACAAAAGCACGACUUUCAUGAAUUCAUGGUUGUCUGGAAACAAUAAAAAGAAAAUCGACAACGAUGAACAAGUUGAAACCAAUAAAAAGCCUAAGUUUUAAUAUAUUCAAUGCGAGUGACACUCGGAUGCUUUAACAUGAAAAUGUUUUAAGUAGUGUUCAAAAAAAAAAUUGCUUUUUAUCACUGACGAACAAAAUUGAUUUCGUGAGCGCAUUCAGUAUGUAAUUUUUGGUUAAAUUAUUAUGUACGAUUUUAACAAAAACAAAAAAGUAGACUGUAGUGAUUAUAUUGUGAUGAAAUGAGCUGAAUUACAAUUAAUUUUUAAGAUUAUGUUACCAGUUGAUAAUAUAUUAAUAGUUUAUCGGCUGUAUAUAGAUAAAUUAAAAUUAUUACACUGUUGAUUUACUAUUUAUAAGUUUAUAAUGUAAAAAUAAAUGUAAAAAAAAAUCAUUAAAAUAAGUCGAUUGCAAAUUAAAUUU